AUGAAUGACGAUGAGAAAAUCAACCAGGUGUACCGCAAGAUCGAGCGGGAGAAGGUCCUCAUCAAUGCCGCGAAUGCUAUGCGCCAGAACUCCAAUCCACAGGUCCAGGCUUCCCUGGACUCGCAGAUCAGAGAGUCCAGACGGGGUAUAGAGUAUCUGGAAGAAUCGAUGAGAGAACUUCAGAUGCGGAGAAUGGAGAACAUGGACGGCGGACAAGCUGGAGGCCCACAACCCCCCACUCAUGGAUCGCCUCAGCAGAGAAACUUGAGAAAUGCGCAGAAGUCUAAUCCUCCUACUCCGCCACCGAAGGACGGAAGAUCUGGAUAUGUGGAGGAAGGAGAUUACGGCGAUCCUGCGAAUGGUGGGUAUAUGAAUAACAUGAGUGGAGGCUCAGGCAUGAUGCCUCCUCGUGCUCCAUUUGGUCCACCAGGUCCCGAUUCUUCGAUGCCGCGAUCCCGGCCAAACUACACGAAGUUGGAUCUCAUAAAAUAUGACACAUCCUAUUUAGGACCUCGAAUACAACUCAUGCUUUCCCAAUUAGAGUUUAAGCUCAGCGUUGAGAAACAAUACAAAGAUGGUGUAGAGAAAAUGGUUCGAUUGUAUCAAGAUGAAGGAGACAAGAAGAGCAGGGCGGACGCCGAAGGACGACGCAUAGAGAGCAACCAGAAGAUACAGCUCUUGAGACAAGCUUUGAAAAGAUACGAAGACCUUCACGUCGAUAUGGAGAGUACGAAUGAUGCUCCGGAUGAUGACAGCCUUGAUUCACCAAAUUUGCGAAAACCGCUCACAGGCAGCCUUUCCAUGACAGUACAUGCUGUCAAAGAUGUGGAUCAUGCAGCCACCGGAAGAUUCGCUCGUGGUCCAGAGACUUUCGUCAUCAUGAAGGUCGAAGACUCCUUGCAACUUCGAACCAAAGCGACAAGGAUAGAUAGAUGGCACGAUGAGCAUCAUACGGUGGACAUCGAAAAGGCUAACGAAAUCGAAUUAACAGUCUAUGAUAAGGCUGGUAAUCAUGCUACUCCAAUUGGGAUGCUCUGGAUCCGAAUAGCAGACAUAGCAGAGGAGAUGAGGAGGAAGAAGAUUGAGGCUGAUCUCAAGGGCUCUCAAUGGGUGACUGCAGAUAAGAUGGGAUCUGGUGGAGCAGCGCAUAGUCGUCAUGACUCUGCUUACUCCUCAUUGAAUCAGGGCGCAUUUCAAGGUGCAGGUCAGCGAGACUCAGGGGCUUCAGGCCAACAAUUUGGUGGUCCGCAACAGCCCUCUGCACCAGGUGCGAUCGAUGCUUGGUUUUCCCUCGAGCCUGUUGGGAGAAUUCAGCUGUCGAUGAGCUUCAGUAAGGCCUAUAACCAUGACUAUAGAAUCCUUUACUCACAUUCUGCAGCCAAACAAGUCAAAGAUCGUAGACCUUUCGAUAUUGGUCUAAAUCGAAAGGGAGCUAUUCGGCAACGUAAAGAGGAAGUACACGAGCUGUAUGGCCACAGAUUUGUCUUGCAACAGUUCUACACAAUUAUGCGCUGUGCUCUCUGCGGUGACUAUCUCAAAUACUCUGCCGGAAUGCAGUGUGAGGACUGCAAGUUCACCUGUCACCAGAAAUGUUAUUCCAAAGUCGUUACCAAAUGUAUCAGCAAAUCAAAUGCGGAAACGGAUCCUGACGAGGAGAAGGUCAAUCAUCAAUGCGGCUUGAGCUGUCAUGCUACCUGCGCCCAUCUGGUUCCAGACUUUUGCGGCAUGCCAAUGGCCGUAGCAAACGAGAUGCUAGCGGUCGCGCGUGAAACAAAGGAUAGGCAAGGUGCGCGACUACCAUCAAAACCAACCAAUCUAGCGGACCGAACAUUAAGACAAGGCACGACACGACCAAGUCCUGUGCCACAAAUGUCAUUUGCACCACCGCCGACCGAGGAAAGACCAGGAGCCCCAAUUACUGAUCCUCGAAGGUCGCAUGGCCAGGAAGAGCUCUAUCCAGCACCUACCCCUCAACAACCUCAGGGCGGUCAAGGGGCCUUGAAUGCUGCGCAAUCAGCUAAUCAAAGCACACCUCAGCAGAGGCGACCUGAUCCCCAACGCACGGCGUCAUCCCAGGCUCUAGCUGCUGCAGGCAAAGCUAUGGACAAUAAUGGAAAGCGACCAUCCGCCCAACGACCAUCUACAACGACCGAUAUGAGUUCGCUUGCUGGCAUGCCAUUCGAUCCGAAUGAAGCUCGUACCCCGGUGCAACCACAACCGCAAUCAUCGUACAAUCCGCAGAAUUAUGCCCCCUUCGACCGCCCACCACAGGUGCAACCUCCUGCCAUCACGAAACCUCCAGUACAACAGCCUCCGUAUCCUGAGCAUGGAGUCUCUCAGUAUCCGUCCAAAGGGAUGAAACAAGCGGUUCCCUCUCAGCAAGGUACCGGUCGAAGAAUUGGUCUCGAGCAUUUCAAUUUCCUUGCGGUCCUUGGAAAGGGCAAUUUCGGUAAGGUCAUGCUAGCAGAGACUAAGGCGACCAAGAAGUUAUACGCUAUCAAAGUUCUCAAAAAAGAAUUUAUCAUUGAGAAUGAUGAGGUUGAGAGUACGAAAUCAGAAAAGAGGGUCUUCCUGAUUGCAAAUAAAGAGCGUCAUCCGUUCUUGUUGAAUCUUCACGCCUGUUUCCAAACCGAGACAAGAGUUUACUUCGUCAUGGAAUAUAUCAGCGGUGGAGACCUCAUGCUUCACAUUCAGCGAGGUCAAUUUGGUAGCAAACGAGCGCAAUUUUAUGCCGCCGAGGUCUGCCUAGCUUUGAAGUAUUUCCACGAAAAUGGUGUCAUAUACCGGGAUCUCAAGCUGGAUAAUAUUCUGUUGACUCUUGACGGCCAUAUCAAGAUAGCGGAUUAUGGACUUUGCAAGGAAGAUAUGUGGUAUGGCUCGAACACAAGCACGUUUUGUGGGACGCCGGAAUUCAUGGCUCCAGAGAUCCUUCUGGAUAAGAAGUAUGGGAGGGCAGUCGACUGGUGGGCGUUUGGGGUGCUGAUUUAUCAAAUGCUCCUUCAGCAAUCCCCAUUCAGAGGGGAAGACGAAGACGAGAUUUACGAUGCGAUUCUUGCAGACGAACCUCUGUACCCCAUUCACAUGCCUCGUGACUCGGUAUCCAUCCUUCAGAAACUGCUUACCAGAGAGCCAGAAUUGCGACUAGGCUCUGGGCCUACUGAUGCACAGGAGGUAAUGAGCCAACCAUUCUUCAAGACGAUUAGCUGGGAGGACGUCCGGGAUAAGAGGAUGCCGCCGCCAUUCAGGCCUGAGAUUAAGAAUGCUACCGAUACCAGCAAUUUCGAUUCGGAAUUUACUAGUGUGACGCCGGUCUUGACUCCGGUACAAUCAGUUUUGACACAAGCGAUGCAAGAAGAGUUCCGCGGUUUCUCUUACUCGGCAGAUUUUGUUUGA